GCACUUUGCAAACAGUCAGUGGGAACAAAGUAGUGGCGAGUGGGGGACAGGUACCUCAGACCUCCCCCGCAGAUGGGACAGGGGGCGCUGUGAUGGCCAGAGCUGCAUACACUGUCUGGGAGGAUCAGGGGCUGAUGGUGAUUGCGCUGCUCAUAUACAUGCGUCGCCUAGCUGCGCAUCUGCGUGCUGUACUGUAGGUAUAAAUGCGCUCCGUAUUACAGCAUCACGACACAGACCGGAUGACGCGCACACACAGACCUUUCCUCACCACACUUUUAUUACUGUGUACUCAGGGGUUGCAUGUAACAUUGCCGGCUGUCGGAAUCUCUGCGUCCAGGAUACCGAUGCAGAAAUCCCGACAGGCGGAAUCCAUCCGCUAUAUGGCUAUCAGCUUAGAUUUUGCAGUAGAGUAAGUGCCCCUCUGCCCGCACACAUCACGCAGGACGCCCCGGUCACUUAGCAGAGGUAAUUCCCUCCUCGCAGUCAGUCUCUGGGACCUGGAUAUGUUCCAGUUUCCACGCAUUCCAGCCGGCAGCUCAAGCGGGAAGGCAGCAGCUGGGACCUGCGCCCGUGGAGCUGCUCAGAGACGUCACCACUGAGAUGGAUGGAAGCGGAGCAUCGCCACCAUCGGUGUUGAAUGAAUAUUUAUUGCGAGGCAGUGUGUCUUCUUCAGGAGCACGGUCCAUGGAUGUGAUUGUUUACUUAAUGAAUGAAGAGGCAAUUCCACUUACAGUGGAUGGCCUAUCCGUUAUAACAGCUCAUGAGUUGCACCGAAUCAUCCGUGACUCUCUGCAUCUCCCUGAUAUUGCACAGGAAGUGUUUGCCUUGUGGCUUAUCUCUCCAUUCCUGGAGGUACAACUUAAACCAAAACAUCAGCCUUACAAAGUUUGCAGACAGUGGCAUGAUCUCUUGUCUCGUUUCACAAACUGUUCAACAGAGGACAUUCAGCAAGAUGAACCCUCCCUUCAGUUUCGCAGAAAUAUUUUCUUUCCUAAGUCCCGAGAACUUCAGAUUUGUAAUGAGGAAAUAUUACGGCUGCUGUAUGACGAGGCAAAGUACAAUGUCCUGGAAGGAAGGUACCCAUGUGAUGUAGAGGAUUGUGAAUUUUUGGGUGGUCUAGCUUGCCGGCUAGAACUGGGACCAUAUAAUCAAGAAAAACAUACACCUUCUACAUUAAGGCCCAAGUUGGAGUACUUUCUUCCAUCACAUAUAUGUAAAAAGAGGAAUGGGCUGCUGACUGCGUUUAAGAAUAGAGGGAAUCGGCAAGCAAGUUUUGAGCAGACUCUGCUAAAUACAUAUAAAACAGUUACAGAAAACAUUUCAUGUGGAGAGGGAGAGGCAACAAAUUAUAAGGAGUAUCUGAAGAAAUGCCAUGAACUCCCUUAUUAUGGAUGUGCCUUUUUCAUGGGGGAAAUUGAAAAACCUAGCCAAGGAAUCCUGAACAGGAAUGGACGCAAGACAGUAUCUGUGGCCAUUAACAUGGAAGGUGUAUCUGUUAUAGAUCGAAAGGAAAAGCAUAUUUUGAUAAGUUUGAAGUUUUCAGAGCUGUCCUGGGAUCACACAUAUCCAGCUGAAGAAGAGCACAUACUAUGGCUUGAAUUUGAUGGUGACAAUGAAGGAACACAAGUUAACAAAUUGCUUAAAAUAUAUUCCAAGCAGGCUGAGCUGAUGAGUGGACUGAUUGAGUAUUGUAUAGAGCUUGGUCAAGGUACAGAGUUAAUGUCUGCAGACUCUGCUCCCAGGAAUCCUCAAGUUUCUGAGAAAGGCAACAAACUACGUAGACAAGACAGUGUCCUGUGUAACCGCAUGAAACACCUCACUACUAUAGAUUAUGUUGAUGAUGGCACUGAAAUCAAGCGUGUGAAGCCCAAAAGAGCAGCAUCCUUUUUCUCUCGACAGUCCACUCACGGCUAUGCAUCUGUGCAGCCUGCUGAUAUCUCUGGGCAGAGCUGACCCUCUCAGUGAUACAUCACAAAGGCCAAAGUGACUUAUAAAACACUAAAUCCUUAAUUUUCAUUGUAUGGACCAAGCCAAAACUGUAAGAACCCUAAUUGUUGUGCCUUAUAAUAAUGGUGCUGUGCCUGCAGGGGGAUGGCCCAUCCAAGUUGCCAGAAUAUAUAGUAUGUUUCCAGUUGGAUUUACUAUCUUUUCUAGAGUAUAUUGUGUAUGUUGUCAUCUUUGUUUUGUUUUGUUAUGGGGGGGCGUUUGUUUAUAUUUUCAUUCUGUGCAACAAAAUGUCUCGUCUGUCGCGUAGUUGGAUAAUUGUUUAAUCAGAUAAUAAAUCAGACAAUAAUCUUCUUUCCUAUCAACAGAAUUGUAGAAAAUCAACCAUCAACAACAUAUUAGUAAUUGAAAAUAAUAUCUUCAAAGUUAAUUUUGGUGGUGUUAUGACAGGGGUUUUUUAACUGCUGGAAACCAAUAAUAGCAUUUUUCAUAUCUAUGCAUUCAUCUCAAUAAUUGCCAUUGCUCUUACAAUAUAUCCACUUGCAUUGCACAUGUAGUUUCCUUCCUUUGCUUUAGCCUUUAAUUAUCAUUUGAUCAGAAGGGAAUUAAUCUUUUUGAACCAUUGUGUAUAUAUUAAACAAAACUGAUUUUUGCUCACUUGGUUCUGAAAUGACUGAUGGAAGCAAAGUUAUUCUUUUCAUUUUAUCAGAGAAAUCGUUAGGCCUAUCUUGCAUAUGACAGCAGCAACAGUUCAACUGCUUGGAGCAAUGGAGCCUUUCAGUAAGGAUAUGCAAUGUUGGCCGGAAUUUGGUUAUUACUUGUAUUUACAUAUUGCUAAGUGGAUUGAAAACCAAAGUGUAUUUUAUGUACUUGCACACACACACACACACACACACACACAUUUCAAAAUAAUAUACUUCAUAUAACCUCAGUUAGUAUAUUGCAAUAUAAUACACUUAAGGGGGGUACUGAUGGGAGAGAUGUGUGCUGAGCGAUCUUAAUACAGACCGCUCAGCACACAUCUCUCUUCCUGCUCAGCACAGCGCGAUGUGCUGAGCGAGGAGGACGGAUGGGGGGCAGCUCACUUCACACAGCGGUGAAGUGAGCGACCCGCUAGAUUGAGCCUGCAUGCAGGCUCAAUCUAGCACCGGCGAUAGCGAUGUGCGGGCCGCGCAUCGCUAUCGCUGGGGGGCAUAGACACGGCAGAUCCGUGCUUAAAAUCUAAGCAAUCUAGUCAGAUUGCUUAGAUUUUAAACACGGAUCUCUCCAUGUGUACCCCCCUUAACAGUCAACAUAAAAGUUGUAACAACUUGAUUUUGCUUACAAGUAAAUGUGCAUCUUUUUCUACUGAUGGCGAAAUGACUUCUCGCUGUACUUUUUGACUACUGUGGUAAAGUAUGUUCCUAGCAUUUGUUUAGGUACAAAGUCAAUCAGGGCUGCUCUGGCUGUAAGACUGUAUUAUCGAUUACCUGAUUAGGUAGGUUUAUGUUAAUUUUUUUAUACUGUAAUGUUAUUUGUACUAACAGGAAUUGAAAAUAAAGACUGUGUGUAGCA